CAACAAAAAACCCAAUCCCCUUUCCUCACCUUCUAUCAACAAAACCCUAAACCCCGUUUCCGAACUCUCUCACACUCGUUUCUGAGCUCUGAACCUUUUCUUCUCCUUCUUCCUCGAAACGAUGGCGACUCAGAUCUUCUCUCGAAUCAUCCCCAAAUCUCUAACCCUAACUCCUUUCAUCUCUCGCUCACUCUCUUCCUCCACCUCCACCUCCCUCGCUGCUGCUUCGUUCCUCCGCCGCCUCCGCCCUCUCGCCUCCGUCGCCUACCCCACCCUCCGCAGCCUCUUCCUCCCUCCUCGUUCCUCUUCCGCCCUCUUCUCCACCCGCGCCUCCACCUCCUCGCUUAACGACCCUAACCCCAACUGGUCCAACCGUCCACCGAAGGAAACUAUCCUCCUCGACGGUUGCGACUUCGAGCACUGGCUCGUCGUCAUGGAGAAGCCUGAAGGAGACCCAACCCGCGAUGAGAUCAUUGAUUCCUACAUCAAAACCCUGGCUCAAGUCAUUGGAAGUGAAGAAGAAGCAAGGAUGAAGAUAUAUUCGGUUUCAACUAGGCACUACUUUGCGUUUGGGGCACUUGUAUCCGAAGAACUUUCAUACAAAAUCAAAGAGUUGCCUAGAGUUCGUUGGGUACUUCCCGACUCGUAUUUGAAUGUCAAGGAAAAAGAUUAUGGAGGUGAACCCUUCAUCAAUGGACAAGCUGUACCAUAUGAUCCCAAGUAUCACGAGGAGUGGGUUAGAAACAAUGCCCGAGCAAAUGAAAGGAACAGGCGCAAUGACAGGCCUCGGAAUGCUGACAGGUCAAGAAACUUUGAUAGGAGGAGGGAAAAUGUGGUGAACCGAGACAUGCAGGGUAGGCCUCCCAUGCCAAAUCCUGGUGCUGGUCCUGGUCCUAACAUGAGUGGUGCACCACCCAACAACCCAGGUGCAUACCCUCCCAACAACCAAGGCGGAUAUGCUCCUCCUGGCGGCCCAGGUGGAUAUGCUCCUCCUGGCGGCCCAGGUGGAUACGUUCCCAACAACCAAGGUGGAUAUGCUCCCCCUGGCGGCCGAGGUGGAUAUGCAGCUCAAAAUGCUGGCGGAUACCAACCACAGAAUGCACCAGGUGCCUAUCCUCCCCGCAACCCACCUCCUAACACGGGGGCUACUCCUCCAAACAGUGGAUAUGGUCAAAUGGGAGGUGUGCCACAGAAUAACUAUGGCGGAAACAUGGGAGGAGGAGUGCCUCCAAACCAGAACAUGGGAGGAGGAGUGCCUCCAAACCAGAACAUGGGUGGGGUUCCACCAAACCAGAACAUGGGUGGGGUUCCACCAAACCAGAGCAUGGGUGGGGUUCCACCAGGAUGGUCGAACAAUGCUUCCAACAGGGACUACCAGCCUAGAGACAUUCCAAGCAGGGAUUUCGGAGGCCCAGCUGGUGGGAACACGUACACUGCCUGAGGUGUGACGAUUUGCAGAGAUUCUUGUGCUGCAAUGUAGAUAAAGAAGAAUUUUCUUGAAGACAACUUCAGGUUCUAGCUGAUAGGUCGCCUGGACUGCUUGAUUUCCACUUAGACCUUGUAAGCCUGGAAGCUGCGACUAAGAUGAUGAUUUAUGCUUGGUUGGAAAAAGAAAAUUAAUUGCUAUUUUGGUUAGUUUAUUGGUUCUGUUUCACUUUGUUCCCCUGUAAAACUGAGUACAUCAUAUAAGCGUGAUAUAUCAAGUAUAUGGAAUAUUGGAAUAUAUGCUAUGGAGUUCCAAACAUAGAUAUGCUAUUUUGCUCCCA